AUGGGUAAAGGCGGUCGCAUUGUCUGCAUCUUCACUCCAUAUGUCCUCACCAUCGCCUCCUUAAUAUGCAUCAUCAUGGUGGGCCUGGGCUGCACAAAAUCCAGCUCCAGCACGCUAAAUGAUCUCUACUUCUUCAGAGCCAACCUCAAGAACAUUACCUCCGAAGCCUCCUCCACCGCAUCAACAGUAUCCUCCGUCGUGAGCGACCUGACCGGUGUUUCGGAUGGCGAUCUUUCCGCUGCGCUCGAGGAAAUCGAAGAACAAUACAACAUCGAGGACUUCUAUGCCAUUGGUCUCUGGGGCUACUGUGAAGGAAACAUCACCUCCAACAACAGCUAUCAAACCAACAACUGCUCCAAGCCCGAGGCCGAGUUCUGGUUCAACCCUCUGGAGGUCUGGAACUUGGAAGAGAGUGGCCUGGAGAAUGCCCUUCCCAGCAAAGUCAAGAGCUCCCUGAACACCUACAAGGCCGUUUCCAAAUGGAUGUUCAUCGCCUACAUCAUUGCAUUUGCUCUUACGGUCGCUGAACUGGUCGUCGGUGUCUUCGCUAUCUGCAGUCGCUGGGGUAGCUGCGUGACCAGCUUGGUGUCUGCUGUAGCCUUCUUCUUCACCGCUGCCGCUUCCGUCACUUCUACCGCCAUGUUCGCCGUCCUCAAGGGCGUCUUCAAAUCCGAACUCGAGCAAUACGGCAUUAAGGGCCAAAUGGGCAAGAACAUCUACGUCGCUACCUGGCUCGCGGUCGCCUUCUCCCUCGCAGCCACUCUCUUCUGGAUCAUCAGCUCCUGCUGCUGCUCCGGUCGCUCCCCUUACAACCACCGCAACCGCAACCGCGCCGUCAUGGCCGAGAAGACCCCCUACACCUAUGAGGCUCUGGGUCCCUACGGCCAGCCCCAGCAGACCCCCUACAACACCUCCUACCCUCCCCCGCCUCCUAUCCACGGCAACCAGACCACGGGUCGGACGAACGCCUAUGAACCCUUCCGUCAUACUUAA